AUAUAUAUAUUCACUAUAUAAUAAAGCAAACCGUAUUUCACAAGAAAGGUGCAUGGCCUCACUUCCCUUGCCCUCAUUUCCACACCUUUCCCCAUCCUUUCUCUUCUUCCUUUUUCAAUUAAACCCCUUCACAUGCAUCCCUCCCUCCCAAACAAGUCGAAAGCAAUAGUUAAUUAGCUAUAGCAGCGUCAAACCCUAAGCACCACCAUACCCUGCAGCCAGUCAGUCAUGGACGACCCAACCCCCCAAAUCUCCGGCGACCUCACGCCCCAAGAACUAGCGCAGCUCUCCUCGGUGAUCCGCAAUCACCACACCCUCCGCUCCUCCCCCACCACCUGCACCUCCCUCAUCGCCCAACGCAUCCACGCCCCCGCCGCCGCCGUCUGGCCCUUCGUCCGCGACUUCGCCAACCCCCACAAGUACAAGCACUUCGUCAAGAGCUGCCAGAUGGUCAGCGGCACGGGCGCAGUCGGCAGCUUCCGAGCCCUCACGGUCGUCUCGGGGCUGCCCGCCUCCACCAGCACCGAGCGGCUCGAUAUCCUCGAUGACGAGAACCUGGUGCUCAGCUUCCGGGUGGUCGGCGGCGAGCACCGCCUCAACAACUACCAGUCCGUCACCUCGGUGAACGAGCUGUUCGCAGACGACGGCGGAGGCUGUGGGAGGGCGUACACGGUGGUGCUGGAGUCGUACAUAGUGGAGAUACCGGAGGGGAACACAGGGGAGGACACCAAGAUGUUCGCGGACACGGUGGUGAAGCUCAACCUCCAGAGGCUGGCGGAGGUGGCCGUGGCUACUCAGCAAGAUCAAGGGAAGUGAUCGGUACAGAUGGUCGACCGACCUAGUGGCCACUGUGGACGGUGGACGGUGGCCGGAUGGCGCUGGUGGUGGAUGGAAAUGAUCGGCGGGAUGCAUGCAUGGUAGGGGGUAAUUAUAUAUAUAUAUAUAUUGAUUGGAAAUUUCUUAUUAAUUAUAAUUAAUUGGUACGCUGGGUGUUUUUGUUAGGGCUGGUGGAUAUAAUAUUAUAUAUAAAUAUAUUAAAUACAUGGUAUAGUUUAUAUCCA